UGCUACAUCUUGCCGUUGGGUGUCAGGCGAUUUGAUUGUCUCAUAAUCAGUGAAUAAUUGCCUUGAGGUUGAUUCUCGUCUUCAAGGUCCACGUUAUAAUGCCCUACUGAGAACUGAUCGUGCCGAUCAUUUUUAUUCGACUCUGAUGAGAAUGGAAAAAAUGUGAUGCAACUACGAACAUCCGAGAAAGGCUCGAAAGAGCCGUCGAAACGUUGAACCGUGAAGUCUACAAUCAAGGCAAGUCAGUUCCAGCACACUACUUCGGCUAUUUUGCAUACUAUUUAUCGCAGGCUCUCCGCUACGUGUUGCAUGUCGUCAUCGCUCGCUCCAACGAUCACGCACCGGGUGCGACGAGCGAUACAAAGCUCGUGGAAUCUCCGGAGUAUCGUUUGUCGCUGGUCCGUGUCGUCGCUGCCUUUUCUUCGUUCAACAGUCCCAGAAUCCCUACGAAAGGAAUGCUACCAAGUCAGCAACAAUCGCCGGGCUUCUAUCUAUAAAGCCAAUCCUUUACCUUUGAAUUCGCAUGAAGUCGAUUGUAAACUUCAAGGAACGCAACAUCGGAGAGUGAAAGUGUCGAGCAGUGGGCGGCCUGUGAUUCAUUUUCUCGGUCAACAGCAGGCAGAGCUUAUAAAUUAUAUAACAGGACUCUUGGAGGCUCGGUGCAAUGUUCGUAAACGGGAAAAGCAGGUGUUGGAAGAACUGAAACGAAGCGUGAGGGGAUUGAAAGGUCUGCUUGAAUUUGGGGCGAGAAAUUACUUCAGAUGUUUAAAUACGCGCUAUGACUGCGAGAACAAAAAAAAUCCGUAUAAAAAAGAAACUAAGUCUUGUACAAUCGCCAAAUCUGACUUUCAUUUUAUUUAUCCUGAAAUCAAAUUCGGGCCAUGAACGAAUCACAUCGUGUCCCCCAAAAGUCGUUUUGUUUUCAAACCAAAACAUGUGAUAUGCACAUCGCCAAGAGCUGUGUAAUAAACGGUAAUCACAGGUAUAGUGUCUGAACGGCUGAUGGCGUACGUGAAAUUUGCAUUUACUUGCGAGCAUAUAAUUCGAAAGGUAAACUUUGAUCGGUAGGUAUUAUCAGGCUUUGAUUUAAUUAAUGCCAAGGCGACGACCUGUUGACGUUUGUAUAUUAUUAAUGUCACCGUUGUUUUCAGGGGCGUUUUUUAUUCAUCAACCACGAAGAUUUUAUCGCGACCCGCGAUGUGACACGCAAUAUAAGUUCUAAAGAAGCAGCCCGCUGUAUGAAAACGUGUCUCAGAUUAAUGAGCAUAAAUUAAUUCUCAAAGGUUACAAUACAGAUAAAAUAAAGUACCGAGACACGAAACUUGCAGGCAGUCGCAACGUUUCUUACAAUGUACUUUGCAUACGUUGAAUUUCUUUUCGUUUUACCAUUAUCGACUACUACAUAAUUACAGAUGAGGUC